AUGCCCCACGAGCAGGCAGUGCUCGCAAAGGCGAGCGCGGCGCUGGGCGCCAAGCUCGCUCAGCUGAUGCAAUCGGGAGGCCGCGGCUUCGCGGAAGAGUACGAGCGGCUGGCCAUGAUCGCGGCAUCGCCCCAGCAGCCCUCUGCCGCGGCAAGCGCGCCGGGGAACUCGUCUCGCAACCGCUAUCGCAACAUCGUGCCCUUCGACUUCAACCGGGUGAGAUUGGCGACCUCGCCUGAGGGGCGGGACUACAUCAACGCGAGCAUCGUGAGGAGCGGGGGCGGGGAGAGCCCGCCGUGGUGCUUCAUCGCCUCCCAGGGACCAUUGAAGGGGACCGUGGAAGAUUUCUGGCGCAUGGCGCUCGAGCAGCGGUGCAGCGCGGUGGUGAUGCUCACUCGAGCGGUGGAGCGGGGAGUGGAGAAGUGCGCGCCGUACUUCCCACAGGCCAGGGGGGCGAGCAGCUCCGUGGGGCGGCUGCAAGUGGCCGUGGAGGAGCUGAGGGACGUCAGCCCUGACAUCACGGUCCGCUCCAUCAGGGUUACCGACCGCACGAACGGAAUGGCCUCGGUGGUGCAGCACUACCACUACCACGAGUGGCCGGAUCACGGCGUGCCCGAAUUCACCAAGCCCCUGCGCGACCUCAUCAAUCUACUGGAGGCCACGGGGGCGGGCAGGGCGCCCAUUUUGGUCCAUUGCAGCGCCGGGGUGGGCAGGACGGGCACCUUUUGCGCGGUCUACGUUUUGCUCCAGCGGCUGUACACGCUGCUGCGGGGGGGGCCGCCGUCCGCGGCCCAGAUCGAGAAGGCGGUGGACGUGCCCGGCGUGGUGGCGCGGUUGCGGCGGCAGCGCGUGGGCAUGGUGCAGACCGUGGACCAGUACUACUUCUGCUACCAGGCCGUGAUCCAGGAGGUGGAGGCAGAGGUGGGGCGGCGGAGCAGGGGGUGA